AUGGAUAAGCUUUUUAAAAUAUCGCCUUUUGAAGAUUUUAAAAGCGCUGUGGAUGGUGUUAUACACAAUUUAUAUAACAUGGAAAAUCAGUGUAAUUAUAUAUCUGAAGAUGAUCUAAAACUAGCAAAAGAAGAGUUAAAGAAGUUAAUAUUAGAAAAAAACUGUGAAUUUGCCGCUUUAACUCCCUUUUUGGAAUCCAAGCAUGCAUAUGGUGAAACAGUACAAGAUUUUGACUGGUUUAUUAAAUUAAUUAUGGGAACAAGUGAAUUAAAAACUCUAGAAUAUCCUCUCCUACAACUGAUGUUAUUAACAGUCACAAAAUCUGGAAGUAAAGAUAAAAAGAUAUAUGAUAUUAGCAAAGAUAUGUUAGAUAAGAUAAUAACAGUUUUGGAAGAAGCUUUUAAUACU